GUUUGAUUUUAUUUCAUUUAAAGGAAAGAUAAGAUUUGAAACCGAAAGUAGAAACGGGCAAGAUGUCUGCGCCCAUAUGAAAAAUUAAAUUUUGUUGUGUUUAAUAGAAAAAAGCAAAAUGUAUACUGUCAUAUGAUAAAGAUAAGUUAAGUAUAAAGUUUAAGAAAAUAGUUAUUGUAACUUGGUUGAUUUCAUCUACGAAGUUUAAAUAACACGAUAAAAGUGUUGGUCAAAAUUCAGAUCAACUGAUCAAGGGAGACAAUAAAAUUACUGAUUACAUAAGUCAAGAUAUGCCUUGUUUAAUUGGCAUUUCAGAAGUGUUUCUGUGGGAGGAAGGUUGUAAUUCAGAAGAACUCAAUCACAAAAUAACGUGACAUAAGGUAAAUAAGACAGACAGCUGAACAAACAGGUACAUCAUGUUGUCCGGAUCAUCAGUAGCAGUGAUUGGAGGCGGGAUUUCAGGCCUUGUUUGUGCUAACAGAUUGUCACAGCUUGGAAUCAACAACACAACUGUAUUUGAUACAGGGAAGCAUGCACCAGGUGGACGUUGUUCAAGUCGUCAGGUGAUAAUUGAUGGCCGCGCACAUGUGUUUGAUCAUUCAGCGCAGUAUUUCACAGUUACUGAUUCUCGCUUUGCAAAAAUUGUCUCAUACCUACACAGGAAAGGUGCUGUGAAGAUUUGGAAUGGAAAAUUAGGACAUUUAAAAUCUGGAAAAUUCUCUGUAGAUAAAAACAUAACUCAAGCCUUUAUUGGAGUUAAUGGGAUGCAAGACAUCCCAAAAUGCCUUGCUGAAACUUUGAAUCUUAAAAACUCAACAUGGGCUGGAAAUGUGAGCUGGGAAGCUGCCUCAAAAAAGUGGAGAGUUGACAGACAUGGUUACUUUGACUACUUAGUUAUAGCUCAUAAUGGAAAGUGUGCGGAUAAAUUAAUGUCUAGUGCAGGUGCUCCUCAGGUUCAUAGACUGACUCAGGUGCGAUUUUGUCACCAACCAGAUUUAAAGGAUAAAAGAAUGCAGCUGUGUUCAUUAUGGGCAUUACUUGUGUCAUUUCCAACUCCAUUAAAACUUCCUUUUGAAGGUGUACAUGUAGAAGAUACAGAUAUCUCUUGGAUGGCAAACAAUACAGCCAAGCUACGAGAUCCUUCUAGACAACAGACAACCUCCAAUGAGUGUUGGACAGUAUUCAGUACACGACAGUUUGGAUCUAGAAAUAAAUGCCCUCAAGAAAACAUACCACCAAAGGUUGAGAAGGAGGUGACAGAUAGACUUUUACAAGCUAUGAAAAGAGUGACUGGUCUGGCCCAAUUACCAGUUCCUAAUUACACAAGGGUUCAACUAUGGGGUGCGGCUGUACCGAUGAAUAUUUUAAAGACUGGAGAUGAAUGUGUAUUUGAUGGUCAACAUAAUGUUGGAAUCUGUGGUGACUGGUUGACCAGUCCAUGUAUACAGGGUGCGGUGGUCAGUGGUCUGGCCCUGGCAGAAAGAAUAAAUAAGCAUUAUACAGGAGCUGACACGAGCAGUACAGUACUGGUACCCGACUUUGUGGCAGCUGAUGGAGGAAUCAUUGGAGCAUUUCCUACAGAUGCAAACAUGGUUUUCAAACCCAGUAAAUGAUUAAAUAUACACAAAGAGACUAUAACAGAUUGAAUUUAGGAAAGUUACCAAUUUUGUUAGUGCAGAACAAUGCAUAGACUUGUCUGUGUUUCUAAAAUGAAAUGUGAAAAAAAUGUGAAGUGUUUUUAACGAGCUAUGAAUGAUUUACACUGACUUUAGGUCCUGUUUACUUGGCUGUAACAAACGUUUAAACUCAAAUUUAAUUCCUAGGAAAAAUCAUCAGGUGCAUCUCAUUAAUAGGUAUGGACGUAACCAAAUGAGACUUGAACCUGCAGCCAUUUGAUGUGCUGAUAUUAAGAUGACAUUACAUUCUGCUUUAAUUUUAAAGUACAAGUAUGUAUCAGAUACAUUAAAGGGGCAUACAUCCAAGUGCAUAUCACACCAACAUUAUAAACCAACUAAAAAACCCAUCAGAAGUCAGUAUUAUUUAAGUUGAUAUUUAAAAUAUAUGAAAAUUUAUAACUUCUUUUAUUUUACUGUGUGAUUAAAGCAGUAGGUAUUUUAUCUUCAUGUUAUAGACUAUAAAAGUUUAACAGGUGAGCGAUAUAGGGUCAUCGUGACCCUCUUGUUAUUAAAUACUGCAGGCUAAAGGAAUAACUCUUGUUUUAGUUUUAUACUAGCUUGUCUGAUUUUUAAAAAAAUCUACAUAUUGCCCCCUUGAUAUUGACCAUGGGAAAGAUUUUUAUUUCUCUUCAGAAUUCUCUCUUCUCUUGAAUACUAUACUAGCUAUAGCUUUGAAACUUUGCACACUUGUUUGUCAUCAUCAUGUGAGUUAAGCUAAGAACAUAACUUUAGGAGAAGAAUUCUGUAAAGUUGUCUUUCCUUCUAAUCUUGUCCAUACAGUCAAACGUGAUGCAUGUUUAUAUAAAUAUAUGUACAUUUAUGUGGAAUAGAUAUGUUUAAACUAAGAA